AUGGAGGCAAAGAAGCCUUACGUGAUCGCCAUUGUCGUCCAGCUCAUCUACGCCGGCAUGUUCGUCGUCUCCAAGGCGGCCUUCAACCAUGGCAUCAACACCUACGUCUUCAUCUUCUACCGCCAGGCCGCCGCGUCGCUCCUCCUCCUGCCGAUCGCACUUGUCCUCGAAAGGAAAAAUGCGAGAACCAUGCUGUCGCCAUGGCUGCUUCUGAAGCUCUUCUUGUUAGCAUUAAUCGGGAUCACAUUCAGCCUGAACCUGUACAACGUGAGCCUCAAGUUCACGUCGGCGACCGUGGCGUCCGCGGCAACCAACGCCAUGCCGGUCGUCACCUUCUGCUUCGCGCUGCUGCUCAAGAUGGAGGCGGUGAGGCCGAGGAGCGCGUCGGGCGUAGCCAAGCUGGCCGGCGUGUCGCUCUGCCUGGCCGGAGUCCUCGCCAUCGCCUUCUACGCCGGGCCGGCGCUCAGCCCCGUCAACCGCCACCGCGCCUUCGCGACUAGCAGUCCAGCACCAGCUGCUGCUGCUGCGAGCGGCAGGACGGCGACGUGGGUCAAGGGCACGUUCCUCAUGGUGCUGGCCAACAUGGCGUGGUCGCUCUGGAUCCUGCUGCAGGCCAGGCUGCUCAGGGAGUGCCCCAGCAAGAUGCUCGUCACGGUGGCGCAGUGCGUCUUCAGCGCCCUGCAGUCGUUCGUCGUCGCCGUCGUGGCGGAGAGGGACUUCUCCCGGUGGAGUCUCCGGCUCGACGUCAGCUUGCUCGCCGUCCUCUACACCGGGCUCCUGGUCACCGGGGUGACCUACUACCUGCAAGCAUGGUGCGUGGAGCUGAAAGGCCCCGUCUUCUUCGCCGUCUGGACCCCGCUCUGCUUCGUCUUCACAAUAUUCUCGUCCUCCUUCUUCCUGGGCGAGAUUGUGCACCUCGGCAGUAUUGUUGGGGGGAUCCUGCUGGUUGGUGGACUUUACAGUGUGCUCUGGGGCAAGAGCAAGGAGACAAAGGUUGCAACGUGUGGCAAGGUGAACAGUGCACUGGAUGCUGAUGCUGAUGAGGAGAACAAUCGACAUAAACAACCUCAAGAGAAGGUGGAGGAGACAGCAUCAUCAGCAUCAAUAGUUUGA